CUCCCUAAUAAUCUUCCAGUGGUGUCAUCAUAAGCACGAUGGUUGUUUUGGUCUGUUAGUAAGAUACUAGGAUCGUAUGAUGACGUGGUAUCCACGUCAAAUGCUUCAAUAGUCAAAUGCUUCUCUUUUACUUAUAAGUCUCCCCCUUCACUUCAUCUUCCUUGCCAUCAACCAACACACGCUCAAAUUUUCCUCUGAUCCGCUACUUCCCAUUCCUGUUCUACCAACCUAACGCCCAAUAUGGCAGCCAAACCAGUUGAAGAUGCUCACCCUCCUGCAGAAACGUUGAAGUAUAAGACGUGGGUAUUGAAAGUCUUAAUCCACUGCGAAGGAUGCAAGAAGAAGGUCAAGAAAGUUCUUCAGGGGAUCGAUGGGGUUUAUACGACGGAAAUUGAUUCUCAGCAGCACAAGGUGAGAGUGACAGGGAACGUGGAGGGUGAGACUCUCGUAAAGAAGCUCUUAAGAUCAGGCAAGCUGGCCGAGCUUUUGCCUCAAGAAAAGGUCGACAAGAAAGAAAACAAGUCUGCAAAAUCCAAAGGUGGUGGUAAAGAGAAAGAGAAAGAGCCAUCAGACCAGAAAAAUAUUGAACCACCCUCUGUUAAGGAAGAUGACCAGAAAGGUCCAGGGAGUGACAACAAUGAUAAAGCUGAGGACGCUGGCGGCCAAAAUAAGAAGAAGAAUAAGAAGAAGAACAAAGGGAAGAAUGGUCCUGUUUCUCCCAAUAAUACUGACAAUGAAGGAGCUGGUCAGGAAAGCACAAAAACUGAAGCAUUACCGCUCAGUGCUUCACCUGUCCCGGCCAUGGCUUCCAUG